CGCGCAGGUGCUAUACCGUGCUGAGCGAGGCCACUCGCUCGUCUCACAUGAACACGUGCAUCGAUGCGACAUGGACUGCGAUAUGUGUCUGUAAGUGUCCCUUCUUAAAGGUUGAGAGGGAACUUGUGCACGUUGAUCUCAUAAAGCCAGUCGAAGUACUUAACAGCCUGCACGGUAUGGUCAUCCCAACACACACGAAGAGACAGAGACUGUCGGUUUGUUGUGCAGUUGACGGCAGUUUGCGGCCGGCCUUGUGCUGACUGACCUUCUUGGGAAAGUUUCGGAGGUCGAACCUGCUGAGCUGACCUGCGGAGUCAAACCGGUGGGGGGACCGUGCCGCCUCAUCGCGGAUGAAAUCCGACAACCACCUGACAGACACAAAAUGCACACGCAGCCGUGAGGGGAUCAUGCCUCUCUGAUCCAUCACGUGUGUGGUCGUCACCUGAGUGCUCGUUUGGUCUGGUUGUUGGGCGCUUGGGUGUGGUCGACGUUCCAGGGCAGGACCUCUGGAUGGAAUUGGGUGGCGUAUAUGGGCAGGUGGGGCUGCCGCGCCUCCAUAGCCGAGAUGAAGGGACGGCCGAUGCGAUCUGUGUUGACGGCCAAGGCGCUGAAGCAGACGACAGACAGACAGACAGACAGACAGACAGACAGAGGUGUGUCCGGUGCGUCUGUGGAUGUGCUGCUAAUGUACCGAAAGCUGUGUGCAAGGCCUGUCUGGAUGAAGUCGGUCGGACUCACACCCCACUCGUGGAAGUUGGUGGUCGAAUUCUGACCAACACACAACACACAUUCUCCCAACAAGUAGCCCUUUCCGUUUCUCCCUGCCUUUGCCCAUCUCACCUGGUCUCUGAGUGCCAUGACCACCUCUUCUGGCGCCUCGCCGAACAGGCGAGAGUACCUCUCAGUGCCGUGUGUGAGUGGCAGGGGCAGCACCAGGCUUUCCGCAUCGGUGCGGGUGAGGAUCUGCCAGCCGCCCUCAAGCACUGCCAACACUGCACACACAAGAGGCGCACACUGGCGUACGGAUGCGUGUCUGUCUGUCGAGUGUGUGUGUGUGUACCUUCAAACCCUUGACAAGUGCCCCAGAUGACGAACGAGUUUGGUCGUCUGGCGUUCAUCUGGACGGCCUCGUCGUAGAUGAGCUGAGCGGUCCGCAUGUACUCGUUGGGAUGCGACGAAUUGACGAUCGAGUGGCCGCCUUGAAACAUCACACCGUUCACCUGCACGCCAUUUCACGGCACCACACACGCAUCACUUGACUCACAUGAACAUGUAGCAGCGGUGCAUGCGCCUCGCUCACCCUUCUGAGCAGCUGUCUGAGGGUGUUCUCUGGCGCAUCGUACGGCAGAGGGAUCACACGGGAGCCGCCCUUGUCUAGCCACUCGACAAAUGACCCUCCUGCAAACACACAAAGCGACACACACGCACAGGCGCCCAAACACCAGCGGAUAAAGCCACAUAAGGCAAGUGCCCGGCUGCCUCGCUGACCUAUAUACGAUGUGCCCGUGAGAUUGAAGGCCUCCCUGAAGCUCUCGUCCGUUGGAUUAGUUACAACACCUAUCACAGGUCGGGCAGAUGUGGGCGGCGCAUCCCCGAUCAGAGAGGGCUGGUAGUGCGGCCCGUGUAGCAUGACGGCGGUCAGCGUGACGGAUGCGAUGGCCGCCAGACAGAGCACCAGGAUGACCACAGCGGAGGGCCGUGCUGACGAGGCGGCAUCAUCAUGUGACACCAGCAAGGGCGCGCUGAGGGCGUGGCCCUUCAUUCCGAGUCUGGCAAUGGCAGGGCGCCUCCUGAUCUUUUGUCGUCGUCUUCUUGCGGGACACGAAAAAG